UUAAUCGCUGUACUCAGCUUCUCUAAACAAACUGUAAUAUUAUCGAUGAAGCUACACUUAAGUAAACAGAAACGACUAAACGCUGGUGAAAAUUGAGUUGUCGAAUACCUUCUUUAACAAAUCGAAUUCGGAAUGAGGGCGUAAUUAUCUCUAGGUAUACAGUUUCCGACACCGACAAAAUUCCACCAAAAGCUAAAUUAACGCAGUAGACUCAAUAAUCACUUUUUAAUCACCGAGGAAUUGUAAUUCCAACAACUGUGAAAAUUUCGCGAAACACUAACACGAACGCUGCAUUCGCAACGAAAUAACGAGUUCGAAUUAUCUGGAAUUUAACAAUUACUAACAAUAUAACAAUGGCAACCCAACCUAGUAGAACCACCCGUCCAUAACUCAGGUCGAACUUAUCUCUCGUCGUAACCAUUACAGCCUUUGAGGACCGCCAGGGUAAGAUUAAAUCCUCCGAUUAUAUUAAACCAUUCUGGUAAUAAAAUUAAGGGAAUGUACCGCAAAGUCCCUAGUGAAAAUCACGGUCAUCUUGGAUUACUCCAGAUAACGUUUUCGAGGAAAUAGUUGAACUAGCGCUACUCGUUCGGUUUCAACCACCUGCGGCGUAAGCAUGCGCUUGUUAAAUUUGUUUCAGGACUGGAUCGUGGAUAUAGCAGUUUGCUGCUGUGACGGCGGUUUCAGUGGCCCGUCAGAUUUCCCGUGCCGCCGACUGAAACUCUGCUCUUGCUGAAAAACACGUGUGUUUCAAAGUUGAUGAGAGAAACGGACCGGUCGAGACGUUCCGCUGGAAUGGGCUGAAGAGGACUGAAGGAGUUAGACCAUGUAGACGGUGGCACUGUCUCGACGUUACGCCGACACCAAUCAACCGAGAACUCCCUUUCAAAGUCUAUUAAAAUCAUCGAACAAUGAAGUGAAGACAUCAAAAUAUGGCCAUUUUACACUCGUGGUGUUGUUGGAGGUCAGUACGAAAAGGGAGCUUCGCCUGUGGCUUCUAUACUGCCUUCUACUACACCAUCACGGCAGCCCACUCUUCCAUGGUUCUCCACGAAGAACUGGAAUACCUCAAAAAUUGUUCCUUGAAAACGAAUAGUAGUAAUUGUACAGACAUGAAGCACGCGACAAACCUCGAUCCCGACACAACAUCGCCGUCUUCUGUCACAUUUACCCUGCUUACUUUGUCGGUAUCGUCCUGUGGGAUACCCACUUCCUGCCUACUGCUUUACGGACUUUAUAAGGACUGCAAACUUUUGUUAAUACCGUGGAUCAUAAAUCUAAUUUUAUUUAUUCUUCAGGAUCUAGCCUACAUUUGUCAUCAAUUUAUCGAACAUGCGCUAAAGUUCAAUCCGAGCAUAGCCAUUUUGAUAACGAUAGACUUUUUUAUUACAUCUUUAAAUGUGUAUGCCUUACUAUGUGUGAUAUCUCAAUAUCAAGAAUUAAAAGCGGGUCGAGGUAGGGCCCAAGACGAUCAAAACAACAGGGAAAACCUUCGUGAAGGAGACGAAUUACCCACUACAGGACUUCUACACAGUAGGGUCCCGAACAUCCACUACAGCUCCCAACCCACAGCCACUAGUUACCUAAGUACAAGAAGACCAGUAACCUACCACGAGACGAGACCAACGCCAACGCAGAGUCCCACAGGAACAGCGCCCCAUACGUCCCUCGGAACGGAAGAAAAUUCACCCAACAUCUUCAACAGAGGACCAAGGAAAUCUGUAAAGUUUCCAGAUCAUUCCACUCCUAACCACAACGGGCCCCAGCUCCUGGAGCCCUGGACUAUCGACGUUAAAUCGCCUAUGCUGGUAUCGAGGGGUGCUGAUACAGCGCCUUUGAUAGAAACUAAUACUGACACCAUCCUCCAGUCGAAUUUGUAAAUAUGUAUCUAUAUAAAUAGCAAAAAAUAACGAUAUUUUGUGUUAAGUGUAAAGUGUCUCUUCCUACAGAAAAUUUUCUAUAUAACGAUUUCUAAAAUUUUUAUCUAGUCUAGUAAGUAAAACAAUCAUCUCAAGACUUGCAUCCAUUUGUUGUUGUUAUAAAUCACACAUGUUCACAGGGUGUUUUUAAAUACCAAAAGCGAUUUUAAUAGAAAAGUGUCCACGUAAGUACUUUUCCGGUGUCCACGUUGUGUGUUCGAAUUUCGUUGUGUUAUGUGUUGUUAUUUCUAAAAUGUAUAGUUCGAAAGUACUUAGGUGGCGUGACUUAAUAUUAAAAUAGUUUUACUUUAGAGCCCAAUUUUAAAAACACACUGUAAAUGCGUUUUAGAUGUGUUUCUACGACGGAAAAUGAAAGUUUUACGAGACCUCUCAUCAGGUACAUUUUGGACUUUACAUUAAUUUAUUCACGGACAAGAUCCAAGGUGUAAGUGACAAUACUCGUAAAAUUUUUGUUAUAAUUAAUUUAUUGUACAUAACAUGUUUAUUUGUUUUUUGUUUUGUACUCAACAAUUAUAAAAUUUAUUAUUACGUUAA